GUUAAUGUUGGUGCAUAAUGUCUAAAGCCUGCGUCUUUGUAAAGUUAGAUUAACGUAUAUGGUCUCGAUAGGUUGUUUUUGUAAUAGAACAGGGGUUUUUAUGUAAUUAUGUGAUGUUUAUAGGUUUGGACCGCUUAUGUGUCAUCUGUCCACAUAAGCGACCCAGGCUGGAUCGCUUAUGUGGUCAUGUCACAUAAGCGGUUCCAGUUCACCUAUAAAUACCCUGUUUGUCUAGUCAUUUGGAACGGUUGUCUUGAAUUGUAUGUCGAAGUGCUGACUCUCUGUCAAUCGUUGCUGAAUGAAGUAAAAGUAUUAAAAGUGAAGACCUGUCUGUUUUCUACUCAUUUCUGUACCGUACAUCUUAGUAUCAUGCUUGAAUGUGUUUCCGCCACAUUUUUAGCAGGCUCUAGCUUAGAUUGACUCCUCAGUGAGAUCAUACUCGAUCCUACAAUUGGUAUCAGAGCCAGUUGUAAGCUAGUUGCCAGAUACGAGGUAGUUUUCUGAGACAUUUGCAGAACUGGACUGAUUGGACGGUGAAAAUGACCUGAAUUUUGGACAGUAGGUACAAAACACAGUAAUUGUAAACCCUUGAAAGUUUCGGACAAAAAUUCGGAUUAAAAGUUGGUCAAAAACACUCGUAAAGUUUGGACCGCUCUGACGUCAGCCUUGAACCGCUUUUCUGAACCGCUCAUUCAUACAAGUUUCCUUGUAUCGCUUUUCUGGACCGCUUAUUCAUACACUGUGGAUCGCUCCAAAUGGCUGUUUUGGGUGUUGGAUCGCUUUUCUGAACCGCUUUUCUGAACCGCUUUUCUGGACCGCUUAUUCAUACAGGUUUUCUUGGAUCGCUCUUCGGAACCGUUUUUCUGGAUCGCUUAUUCAUACAAAGUUCUUGGAUCGCUUUUCUGGAUCGCUUAUUGAUCAAUCUUGGAUCGCUUUUCAAGCAAUCUUGGAUCGCUUAUUGGGUUAUUCUGAAUCGCUUUUAGUGCAAAGUCUGGAUCGCUUUUAGUGCAAUCUCUGAAUCGCUUUUAGUGGAAAGUUUCUGGAUCGCUUAUUGUGUCUGUGUUUGAAAAUUUUUCCGAAAAAUCAGAAAAUGGACAGUCAAGACUUCUACAACAUGUUCUCAGGUGUAAGUGCUACUCAAGGCCAAACCAACUUUUUGCAGAAUGUGAAUCUUGAAAAUGAGUUGGGCACGAUGCAGAAACCUCCAAAAUUAAUGAGUUUAGACGAAUACUCAGGAUGGUCAGUUAGAUUUAAGAACUGGGUGCAAGCCAAUCAUUUGGAGAGUUGGAUCAAGAUUGAAAGAGAAUAUGUAGCUCCAGAAGACGGGGUGGGGGGUAAGAAAUCAAUUGCAAGCUUAACAGAUAUAGAACAGGUAGAAUUUAAGGCUGAGAAGAAAAUGAUUAGCAUCCUGCAGCAAGCUAUAAAAGAAGAUAUCCUAGUGCUUUUACAGCAUAAAGAUACCUCUGCAUCGAUAUGGUUUUCACUAGAGAAAAAGUUCAAUGGUAGUGGGUCGAUGAUGAAGAGCAAAACAGCGUUUCUAAAAAAGGAGUUUGAUAUAUUUACUGGGAUAAAAGGUGAAUCAACGAAACAGCUGAUUGAACGAUAUUGUCAUUUAGUGUUGGAGAUGAGACGUUUGAAGAUUGUAAAAACAAACGAAGAAUGGAUUGAUAAGCUUUGCGAUGCUCUUCCGUACGAUGAGUGGGGUACAUACUUAAUGAUGCUGAAGAAUAGUACUGAUUUUAUCAAUUACAGCUUGAGUGAUUUUAUUGAAAAGAUAGAGGCGCAUGAACUAGAGUUAGUGAAGAUUAAGAAAAUGAAUUCGACAAACAUAACUCAAGAUGUCUCAUUGUACUUCAAGAGCAGUCCUGCAAUGACAAACGUUCAAAGUCCAAAAAUUCAUACGGGUUUUAGUGCAGAUAGUAGUUCUCCGGUUACUCCGAACGCAUAUCAGACAAAUCAAACUACAAAAUUUGCAAGUUAUGAGCCGAACGCAAAAUCUUCAGAUUAUUCUCCUCAAAGUUCAAGUGGAUCGAAUCAACAAACAGUUGUGACUGGGGUGCAUUGUAAUAUAGCAAUCAACAUCAAAAAUGGUAAUGAGAUUACCGAAACUGCAGCGAAACAACAUAUUACUUUACUGGGAUCGGUUUUGGAGGCAUAUGAAGGGUUGGUUGCGGGCAAGAUCGGAAAUCCUGACAUGACCAAAGAGGAUUACGAUCAAAUAGACCCGGAGGAGCUGGAAUUGAUCGAUAUCAAGUGGGGAAUGGCAAGUUUGGUACGGAGAGCUCAACGUUUUAUGGAGAUCACGGGAAAGAAUAGUUUGUCAGGACCAGAUCAGAAGCUGGGGUUUGACAAAAGCAAAGUCACCUGCUUCAAAUGUAAAGAAAAAGGUCAUUUUAAGAGGGAAUGUCCUAAUCGUGAAGUCAAGAAUCAUCAGAAUCCAUUCACCAACGAUUACUACAAGCAAGCUAUAUAUCAUCGUCCAAACCAACAGCCUGCAGUUCAAAGACCUCAGAUCGAAAACAAACCUGAGAAAGCGUUGAUAGUAAAUCAGGAUGAUGAAGAAGUUGCAUCUGGAUUUAGUUGGGAUAAGUUCAUUCCUGGAAAAGAUGAUCAAGCGAUGAUGGCUAAAGUGACAGAGAUUACCGAGUCAGAUGCUGAGCAGGAAGUCGUAAUUUCUGAAGAUGGUGAUGGAAAAGCUGCUGAUGUUGCUUAUUCUGAUUCUGAGGUGGUUGAAGAAACAGUUACUAAGAAUGUUGAGUCUGUUCCUGAGAUUGGGAGUAAAGUAGCUGUUGAAACCAUUGAUCAAGAAAUUACGGAAGCUGUUACAGAGAAUUCAGUAAAAGAUUCUGCUAAAGCUGAAGAAGUUAUAUCUGAUGUUCUUAGUUUCGGAUCUCGAAGAGAGGAAUUUGUUUACACUAUGAAAUCUGUUUUAUCUCCUAAUGUGUUUGAUAGUUUUGCAGAUUUCUUCGAAGAUCCAAGAACUGGUACGUGUCCAAGAUUCAAAGCAAAGAAAGAUGAAGUUGUGGAGAUAAUCGACGUGUCAAAAGAGAUGACGAAGGAAGAUCUGAAGGAGAUAGCCGAUAAAGCGCUUAUGAGCAAACUGAAAGAGGAGUUGCCCAAGUCCGUGCUUUCUCGAUGGAUUAUGGAUAGUGGAGCUUCGCGGCAUAUGACAGGAUCAUUGGCUUUGCUAUAUGAUGUGAAAGCAAUCAAUGGAAGCUAUGUGGGCUUUGCAGGCAAUCAAGGUGGUAGAAUAGUUGGUCAAGGAAUGCUCACCAAUGGCGUUAUUUCGUUUGAUAAAGUCAAUUAUAUAGUUGAGCUGACCAACAACUUGUUGAGUAUAUCGCAAAUCUGUGAUAAAGAUUUUAGUGUUCACUUUACUAAAACUGAAUGUUUGGUCUUAAAACCGGGGUUUAAAGUCCCUGACGAGUUGGUUUUGUUGCGCGCACCUAGGGUCAAUGAUCUUUAUAUCUUAGACAUGAGCGCUGCAACACCAACAACUCCUCAAAAAACAGUGUUUUGUGACAAAAACUAAAGCUACAGAAAAAGAGUCAGUUAUGUGGCACAGAAA